UGGAGAAUGGGUUGGGCAAUACCUCCUGACAUCCUGGGUACAAAUACCAUCUCCACGACUCAUUGCUCGCUCAGACCUCAGACAGACAAUAAUUAGUCAAAUCAUCACCACCAGGUUGUUCAGAUCUCGAAGCAACAAUGAGUCCAAAGCAUGUCAUCUUCAAGAAAAUAUCCAAGGACAAGUCGGUGGGUGUGUACAUGGGGAAGAGAGACUUUAUUGACCAUGUUAAUUUUGUGGAUCCAGUAGAUGGUGUCCUUCUAAUCGACCCUGAACAGCUGAAGGGGAAGAAAGCGUACGUCACCUUAUCCUGCACCUUUCGAUAUGGACGCGAAGAUAUGGACGUGUUGGGCAUCGCGUUUAGGCGAGAAAUCUUCCUGUCGACCAGACAGAUCUACCCACCACUGCAGGACAAAGACCAGGGCAUCCUCACCAAAGUGCAGGACAAACUACUGCGCAAGCUUGGCGACGAUGCCUACCCGUUUUUCUUUGAAUUCCCGGAUAACUUGCCUUGCUCAGUAGGACUGCAGCCAGCUGUCAAAGACGUUGGAAAGCACUGUGCUGUUGAGUUUGAGGUGAAAGCCUUCUGUGCUGAGAGCCAAGAUGCCAAAGUUCGCAAGCGGAGCACAGUACGUUUGAUGAUCCGAAAGGUCCAGUAUGCUCCAGAGAAUCCAGGACCAGCACCUCGUGUGGAGACCAACCGAGACUUUCUGAUGUCUGACAAACCACUGCAUAUGGAGGCAAGCUUAGAGAAGCAGACUUACUAUCAUGGGGAACCUAUCAAUGUGCGGGUGAAAAUCAAUAAUGACUCCAACAAAAAUGUGAGAAACAUCAUUAUUUCAGCGGAGCAAAUUGCAAAUGUGGUUCUUUACUCCAAUGACAGUUACAUGAAAGCAGUGGCCAUUGAGGAUUCUGGGGACUCAGUUGAAUCUGGUGCCAAACUGGACAAAGUCUACCCUUUGCUCCCCCUACUGGCCAACAACAGAGAAAGAUUAGGAAUUGUGCUUGAUGGAAAACUGAAGCAUGAAGACACCAAUCUAGCCUCAUCAAGCAUCGUUAAAGAGGGUGUGCUGAAGGAAGUUCUGGGCAUCCUGGUGUCUUACAGAAUUGUUGUUAAGCUUAUUGUUGGCGGGAUCAUAGGAUCCAGUGAGGUAGGAGUGGAGCUUCCUUUCCAACUUAUGCACCCGAAGCCUGAUACAGUCAAAGAAAGUGAACUGGAGGAUGAAAUGGUGUUUGAAGAGUUUAAACGUGCCUACUUGAAGGGCGUGAUUGAGGAUGAGGAUGAAGGGAACGUGUCACCUGGCGAGCAUUGAGGAACGCAUGUACUGUAAUUCUGGACCCAUCUUCCUGCACAGUUAGAGAACACAUCUUUAAAGGGAUAGUUCAUCCAAAAAUGAAAAAUCUGUCAUCAUUUACUAACGCUUAUAUAAUUUCAUACCUGUAUAAAUUACUUUGUUCCGAUGAACACAAAGAAAUAUAUUUGGAAGUUCCGAGACAUAAUUGACUACCAUAGUGGGAAGAAUUAAAUGGUAGUCAAAUGUGCCCGAGAACUCUUUGUUUUCCUAAAUUCCUCCAAAUAUCUCAUUAUGUGUUCAAGAGAACAAAAAAAUACACUAUUUUUUUCUACUAUGGUAGUGGAUGAUGUCCCAGAACUGAAAAUUGCUAACAUUCUUCCAAAUAUCUUUCUCUGUGUUCAUUGGAAAAAAGAAGUUUAUACAGGUUUGAAACAAAGUAAUGAUGACAGAUUUUUCAGUUUUGGAUGAACUAUACCUUUAAGGCUGUUAAGGAGAAAAGUGUGUGGUUUACUUCAACACCUUAGACUUAACAUGUUUACAACAUUGAGCAUUCCUAAAUAUUUUUUAACUGUAAAGAAAUGUUAAUCCGAAAUGACCAAAGCAUGAUCUUUCCUCAGCAGCUUAAUCUCCAUAAGGCUGAUUUAAAGAAGAUCAUUGAACUAAGAAUGAGUUGACUGCUGCUGCUUCACAUUGUAUAGUAGUGAAAGCAAUCUAUAGGUGUUUUAUUUUGGGUCAACGUCAGUGUAUAUGAAGAAACUCUUAUGCUUGUGGCUAUACAGGAAGUCUUUAAAAAUAGAAGAUUCGAGUCCUAGCUGUCUUUAUUGCUGUGAUACACUUUUUGUAAUUUAUAGCAAAAGUAUUUAUUGUUAACAUAUGCUAAAGACAAUGUAUUAUUAUAAAGGAUUGUAUUGUAUAAAAUACCCUGGAUGUUCAGUUUAUUAAAAGCAUGGUUGCCUUAGUGUAAAAUAUAUAUUACAAAGACA